UGGCAGCCAUGGAGCCGCUGCGCCGCCCGCCGCUCGGCCUGGCCGCGGUGCUGCUGCUGCUGGUACUCUCGCCGAGCCCCGGGAAUACCAGCUCAGUAACUGUGCCUGAAACACUCUUGUUUGUUUCAACUCUUGAUGGAAGUUUGCAUGCUGUCAGCAAGCGGACGGGAGCGAUCAAGUGGACUUUAAAAGAAGAUCCUGUCCUGCAGGUGCCAAUACAUGUGGAAGAGCCAGCAUUUCUUCCAGACCCAAACGAUGGCAGUUUGUAUACGCUUGGUGGCAAGAAUAAUGAAGGCCUGACUAAACUUCCAUUUACCAUCCCAGAGUUAGUGCAGGCAUCUCCCUGCCGCAGUUCAGAUGGGAUCCUUUACAUGGGCAAGAAGCAGGAUAUUUGGUAUGUGAUUGACCUCAUGACUGGGGAGAAACAGCAAACCUUGACUUCUUCGUUUGCAGAAAGUCUUUGUCCAUCAACAUCCCUGCUGUAUCUUGGGAGAACAGAGUACACAAUCACAAUGUAUGACACCAAGAAGAAGGAGCUGAGAUGGAAUGCCACCUAUUUUGAUUAUGCAGCUACUAUGCCUGAUGAAGAUGUAAAAUAUAAAAUGUCCCACUUUGUGUCUAAUGGAGAUGGACUGGUGGUGACUGUAGACAGUGAGUCUGGGGACGUGCUGUGGAUUCAGAAUUACGCUUCUCCUGUGGUAGCUUUUUACAUCUGGCAACGUGAAGGAUUGCGGAAAGUUAUGCACACAAAUGUGGGGAUAGAAACUCUGCGAUACUUGACAUUCAUGUCUGGGGAGGUCGGACACAUUACCAAGUGGAAAUAUCCUUUUCCAAAGGAAACAGAGACCAAGAGCAAAUUAACACCAACUCUUUAUGUAGGGAAAUACUCCACGAGUUUGUAUGCAUCGCCAUCGAUGGUGCACGAAGGAGUAACGGUUGUGCCCCGUGGCAGUGCCAUACCCUUAUUAGAGGGUCCAAAAACAGAAGGAGUCACAAUUGAAGACAAUGGCGAAUGUGUUAUCACUCCCAGUACGGAUUUAAAGUUCUCAGGCAGACUGAAAGGAAAGAACAAACUCAGCUAUUGGAACGACUUGCUGUUAAUAGGGCACCAUGAAACUCCUUUAUCUGCCCCUACAAAGAUCCUGGAGAAAUUCCCAAGCAACUUACCUAGGAGGCCUGAAAAUGUGAUUCCAGCUGACUCUGAUAAAGUCACUAUUGAGAAGGUUAUUGACAUCGUUGAAGGUUCUGCACCAGAAGUGCCUCCUGCUGUUCCAAAGGAUAUUGAGGAGAAACCUGCUCAGCCUGUUGCUCGGCCAGAAGCUCCUGUGGACUCUAUGUUGAAAGACAUGGCCACGAUCAUUCUCAGCACUUUCCUGCUCGUGGGCUGGGUGGCAUUUAUCAUCGCCUAUCCAAUGAGUGUACAUCAGCAGCAGCAAAGGCAGCAUCAGCUGGAAGAGAAGAUACAGCUCUUGCAACAACAGAAGCUGCCCUUCCGUGCUCCCAGUGAUCUGCCACCAGAAGAUUUCUUGGACACCUCCUAUGGACAGACAGACAGCUCUGCUACCAGCACACCAAAUAUGUCGCCCAAAGCAUCAAACCAUUCUGCAUAUUCCAGCAUCUCCACAUCUGAUGUUGGGAGCUGCCUUUCUACAGAGCAAGAAGAGGGAGAUGACGAUACCAACAGAGUGAUGGUUGGCAAGAUUUCAUUUAACCCAAAAGAUGUACUGGGGCAUGGAGCUGAAGGAACAAUUGUUUACAGGGGGACGUUUGAUAACCGUGAUGUUGCAGUGAAAAGAAUUCUUCCCGAGUGCUUCAGCUUUGCAGACCGUGAAGUGCAGCUGCUGCGAGAGUCGGAUGAGCACCCGAAUGUGAUCCGCUAUUUCUGCACGGAGAAGGACCGGCAGUUCCAGUACAUCGCUAUCGAGCUGUGCGCCGCCACCUUGCAGGAGUAUGUUGAACAAAAGGCCUUCAGUCACCAUGGCUUACAACCUAUUACCCUCCUGCAACAGACGACAUCUGGUCUCGCUUACCUGCACUCCCUCAGUAUUGUGCACAGGGACCUGAAGCCCCAUAACAUCCUCAUCUCAAUGCCUAAUGCCCAUGGGAAAGUCAAAGCGAUGAUCUCAGACUUUGGCCUGUGCAAGAAGCUGGCAGUGGGCAGACACAGCUUUAGCAGACGGUCGGGGGUGCCGGGAACAGAAGGGUGGAUUGCCCCAGAGAUGCUGAGUGAAGACUGCAAAGAGAACCCUACGUACACCGUGGACAUCUUUUCAGCAGGCUGUGUCUUUUACUAUGUGGUAUCUGAGGGCAGCCACCCCUUUGGCAAAUCUCUACAGCGACAAGCCAACAUUCUGCUGGGUGCAUACAGCCUGGAAUUGUUGGAUGCAGGGAGGCACGAAGACAUAGUGGCUCGUGAUUUAAUAGAGCAAAUGAUAAACAUGGACCCUCAGAAACGUCCAUCUGCCAGCUGUGUGCUAAAACACCCAUUCUUUUGGAGUUUAGAAAAGCAGCUCCGGUUUUUUCAGGAUGUCAGUGACCGGAUAGAGAAAGAAGCUUUAGAUGGUCCAAUAGUCAAGCAGUUAGAAAGAGGAGGAAGAGAGGUGGUGAAGAUGGACUGGAGGGAGCACAUCACUGUUCCUCUUCAGACAGAUCUUCGAAAAUUCAGAUCGUAUAAAGGAGGCUCAGUUCGGGACCUUCUGAGGGCGAUGAGAAAUAAGAAGCACCAUUACAGAGAACUGCCUCCUGAGGUGCAGGAGACCCUGGGCUCCAUCCCAGAUGAUUUUGUACAUUACUUCACAGCUCGUUUCCCUCACCUGCUCUUACAUACCUACCAUGCAAUGCAUAUCUGCUGCCACGAAAGACUGUUUCAGCACUACUAUGAUCAGGACUCUGCAGAGAAGAGCAUUGCAGGAGAUGCUGUUUGAGAGCAGAGCAAGCUUUCUUCUCUGGAACCAACAUUCCAAGCACAAGGCUUUGAAACAGGCCUACCUUUUGCAGGGAAAAGCAGGAUCA